UACUGGUGCUAAAAAUGGAAAUCCAUCUAGCCCAAAAAGUUUGGUCCUUCGACAAAAACUCGGUAGAGCUAGACCGUAUGUCGCACGCACAAGGUGCUACCGUUAGCGUGCGCGGCCAACUGUAUUGCAAGCUCGAAUCAAGCCAUUACGUUCGCAAAAUGGAAACGGAGAAGUAAUGCGCGUGCACAUCAAGUGUGCCUACUGGAACACCGAAUUAAGCUGCAGCACACCGCAGCCACAAAGUUGGCAUUGCACGGAGGGAUUUCACGUGGGCUAGUAGAGGUGAAGCCACGCAAGCGAAGAGUUUUUAGCGAGAAUCCUACUGAUAACUGAUAGGUUGCAGUUGAGAGAUUCAGUAUCACUGAUACUCAACCGGAGUAUUUUGCAAUUCUAAUCAACCUGCUUGCAAAGAAGCAAUCCUCGAAACGACAUGAAAAAAUGGACAGGGGCUCGGCGAGUGCAACCCUAAAGAGGAUGUAAAACAGCUCAUAUAAAAGGGUAAAUAUCUGGCUGAGAGCAACGUGAAAAGAAAGACAAAGAGCUCUAGAAAACAGACUGGAAAGAAGUCAACAAUAAAGAGAAAGCGAACUAUAAUGAAGCCGAGAGAGUAGAGAAGCAGAUGGUAAUCGCGCACGUACGUUGGUUAUGGUCGGUAACUAAUACUAUUUUGAACGGCGGCACUGAAGAAAAGCCAAUUUGUGCGGUAAGCAAUGAAAAUAAUCUAUCUUAAGAAGUUCAAAACUAAUCAAUUCUACGUUUAUUUUGGUGAUAUGCUUUCUGAAAAAAAUUUUUAGAAAAAUAAAAGAGGCACUGUGAAACGUUUGCAAUUUAAAUUGAUCUUGAAGCCGACUGUUUUUUACGUCUGUGGUGUAUGACAAAGGCACUCAGAGAAGUCAAAAUUUUGUUAUCGAAAUCUCCCUGUACAAAGUACAGUUUGCAGAAAGAGUGUUUGUAAUAAGACGUGACACAAAGCAGAUUGAAAGGUGUUGCAAUGAAAGGCUAAUAAGACACAAGGUAAGUGCAUGCUAUUUUAGCUGGCGCAUAUGUUUGGGAAAAAAAAGAAAGAAAAAAUAUAUAUAUCAGAAGAGAGUUGUGUGUUACUUUACUACUUGUAACUUCGAUAGGUUGAAAUGAACAAACACAUAGACUAAUGAGCCAAUGAAAUUUACUCUUACGUCGCUUAUUAGUCAAAGCUUUAUUCAACAGCUAAUUUAUUAGAGACUGGCGUCAAGAACACGGAUGUAAUCGGAGUGUUAGCAAUUAAGGGCAACGGAAAUCUGUCCCGAGUGAAUAAGAGAACAAAAUUUAACCAAAAAGCUUUCAUUUCUGACAGAACUCACGUAUUCUUGGCGCUCGCUGUCGGGAAUCCGAGCGAGGAUUUUGCCAAAAAUUUAGUGGCGAGAUGAAACAGAAUCAGAACACUGAGGUUAGCCGCGCAAGUUUCCACCUUUUGUCAAAUUUAUGCACAGUUAAUCUUUUUAUCGUGAUGUUUCAAAACGUUGCAAAGGUUACCAGCAACAGUUUGCAAAGCGGUAAGACCUGUGUCACAUCUAUCAAAGGAGCUGUUCUCGCGAAACACGAUUACGCAUCAUUUGUUGUACAGAACAUGUUCGCGUGUUAUUACCGCUGUAAGGGAGACAUACAAUGUCAGAGCUUCAAUUUUUACGAAAAGACGCAAAUUUGUGAGCUGAACAACCGCACUCGAAUCGUAGGACAUUUGAAUUUUCAACCACACCAAGGCGCCUUUUACAUGGAUAACCCCUUCAGAGUUACCCCUGGCUCCUUGUCCGAGCUUCCUGCAGUCUCAUGCCAAGAAAUAAAGGACAGUUCUGGCGGACUAGCAACUAGCGGAAGAUUUUGGCUGGAUCCAGGAGAGUCUGGUAGCAACCUCAAGACAGUUUACUGCGAUAUGGAAAAUGGAGCAGUCAUCGUUGAAUGUACCAACAACCCUUGUAAGAAUGGCGGCACGUGUGACUAUCAGGGGAAGGGACAGUAUACGUGCCGUUGUCCACAGGGGUACAGUGGGGAUCACUGCGAAAAUGACGCGUGUUCCAGCCAGCCAUGUUUGAACGGAGGCAUAUGCAACGCCAGUGCGAAUGGGUUUACAUGCUCAUGUUCGCCAUUUCUCACCGGCGUACACUGCGAGAUUGGUAUUGGAGUGGGGUGUGAUAAUUACAUGACGAAUAACGACCUAGAUCGGAGUGUUCAUAAACGUAACUCCAACAACAAAUGCGAUAACUCAUUGUUAGAGGGCUGGUACCGCUUUAACAGCACUGCGGGCGCAAGAAUACCCGACUACUGCGUGAAUUAGGACAUGUGCAACACGCGUUCUCCGGGUUGGUUCAACGGGAUGCACCCUACCCCUCAGGAGGGUGCCGUGAACCGCACUGUUUGUUUCCGUUUAGGCGGCAACUGUUGUAUGUGGACCUCAGCUAUAAUGGUGAGGAAUUGUGGGUCGUUUUCGACGUAUAAACUGUCCCCCACUACUCAGUGUUAUCUCAGGUAUUGCGUGACAAACUCGACCGCGUGACACCGAGAUCUUGGGAUUUUUUAGAAACAGAACGACCUCAUUUAAGGCGAACUAGUUUCCAAAGAAACUUUUGACUGGCCACAUCGGGUCAGUAAAACACUAAUUUUAUUACGAAACAGAAAUUAAUACAAGCAGAUUAACUGCCGAAGCCAAUUAAGGAAAGCUGUCGUUUCAAGAAUCAAGGCUGAUAGUUUCUAAAGAAACUGUUUGGGGCUGCGUCGGUGGGGGUAACGAAAUAACCUGAAUAUAU